AUGUCCUCAUCUACCUCCUCAACACCCAACAAGUCCACCUCUUCUUCACCUACUAUAACGCCCUUGCACGAUCCAAAGCAUCAAGCCAAGGUGAUCGCUCCCAGUAAACCUCUGGGAACCGCUAAUGCAAACAUCGUCCCUGGACAAAUGACCGAACUCUCGAAAGCAGGUGCUGGAUUGGGUCAAAAAGCCUUAUUAGCCAAACGAUUCGCUAAAGCCAAUAAACCAACAGUAUCACCCACCGAUCAACUUCAAUCUCCUUGUACAGCUAAAUUAGCAGGUGCUAAACAACGUCAUUUUGCCAAGGGCAAACCAGCUUCUUUAGCUCAAUCGUUUACCGCCAUAAGAGAUUCAGCAGGUGCAGCACCAUCAACAUCGGCUUCAAAAAAUACCAAAAUUGAUUUUUAG